CGGCACGGCGAAGAUGGCUGCCUCCAGCUGGGCUCGCUCAGUAGUCGUGCUGCUUUGUGUCUCUGACCUGCUGUUGCUGCUGCUGCCGUCGCCUGGGACCUACGCUGCCGAAGGCCCGGCAGGAACACUUGGCGAGGCUACCCCACCUCCCCGGAAGAAGAAGAAGGAUAUUCGCGAUUACAAUGAUGCGGACAUGGCGCGUCUUCUGGAACAGUGGGAGAAAGAUGACGAUAUUGAAGAAGGAGACCUCCCAGAGCAUAAGAGGCCCCCUGCACCUGUGGACUUCUCCAAGCUAGACCCGGGCAAGCCUGAAAGCAUACUGAAAAUGACCAAGAAGGGGAAGACGCUCAUGAUGUUUGUCACUGUGUCAGGAAAACCCAGCGAGAAGGAGACAGAGGAGAUUACAAGCCUCUGGCAGGGAAGUCUGUUCAAUGCCAACUACGAUGUCCAGAGGUUCAUUGUGGGAUCAGACCGUGCAAUCUUCAUGCUUCGUGAUGGGAGCUACGCCUGGGAGAUUAAGGACUUUUUGGUCAGUCAAGACAGGUGUGCUGACGUAACUCUGGAGGGACAGGUGUACCCUGGCAAAGGAGGAGGAAGCAAAGAGAAAAAUAAAACGAAGCAAGACAAGGGCAAAAAGAAGAAGGAAGGAGAUUCAAAAUCUCGGGCUUCCAAGGAAGGCAAUAGACCAGGGGAUAAAAGAGAAGAGCUGUGAUGGGGCAGCCAUGGUGCUCUGCAGAUGAACAAAUGGACACAGCUUGCCAGGCUCAUGGGUGGGGACAGGCACAGGAAACCACACACCAGGUGACAUUCUUCUUUCUUCUAGAAAUGGUCUGCCACCUGGUCAGUAUAAGAAUUACUGUUAAAAGUCUUCAAAUGAGAAGACAAGAUUUCUAAUAUCGGACACAGACAGAUUCCUAUUUAUGAUAAAAACACCUCACGUAGACACUCGAGUGAGUUGCUUCCUCCCAUUUAGACUUGCUGAGUUGUUGAUUGUGCUGAGCUUCCAUGCCCAUCCUUCCUACACCUGCUUGGAUUGGGUAGCCUGCUGUUUUCAUGCUUUUUAUUUUCUGUUAGCUUAAAGGAUAGCAGACAAGUUUUUAAAACUCUUAAUUGAAUCAGGCUCUUCUGCCACAAACAUCUUGUUCAUUGCUCGCAGGGUAAAAGUACUCUGGUAGUCCUGCAGCAAGCUGAUACUUUAGUGUACACCAGGAGGCCAGGGUGAGUAAUCCCAGGUCUCUGCAGGCAGAGUGAACAGAAAAUAUGGCUCUUGGAAACCCUGAGUAGUUACUUUGAAUUUCUUUGACUUGAAUUGCACUCAUCAGUUAAAUAGAACUUGUGGUGUCCCUGCCGGGUUUUAUGUGUCCUUAAAGCCUGUUUUGUUUCCUUCUUUAGGAAAGAGUAAUGCUGGUCAAGGUUCACAGGUCCCAUUUAAUGUGACAGUUUGAGGGAUCAGCAGCAUCCUUUGCAGGGUGUGGCAGAAGACUUGGUAACCUCACUUAUUUCUAAGCAUUUUUCUUUGAUAAGUGCCUAAAUGUGUGGUGUUUCCAUGUGGUACUAAACCAUGUGCUACUGUUAAUGUCUGAUUUUGCUAUUCAUACAUUGUAGCCUAUUCUGAAUAAGAGAACAUUUAUAUACAGGUGUUGUUUUUAAGAACUAAAAUCAUUUUUAAAACUCAAUUGUAAUUUUAAGGAAUUAAAAAUAGCACAUGUACAUGACUUGAAGCUGUCCAUUUUAAAGAAUGGUGAAGAGUGAAGUCCUCCCUGCUGCCACCACCUGGUCCUGGUGGAAGUUACUGUUAACAGUUUGAGCCCCAUCAAGAAAAGAGUUCAUUUACCACCUUAUGAUGGGGUGUAUGUGUUUCGACUUUACCGCAUCUAUUCCCUGUACUGCGGCACCACUCCACAUUUUCCCUUAAUAAGCCACAUCCUCUGCACUCUCUGUCAGUCCACAGCCUCCAGGCCAUGCCUGCUUCAGGGCUGAAGCCUGUAUGGUCUAGGCCUUGGGCAGGCCCGGGGUCAGUUGCUGGAGCUGGGAAGAUGUUUCUUGCUCUCGUGUAUUUUGAGCCAGGGGGAUAUGUGGCCACAGCCCCUGGAAAGGAGACCUGUUUGAGAGUGGAGCCAGUGUGAGCAGCGGGGACUCCACACCCUGGUGGUGGCACCUGAAUUAAACCAUAGCUGAAA